UCUUUUUUUUUUUUUUUUUUCAAUUUUCUAUCCAAUGUUCAAGCUGUCACUCUGCUUGUUCGCCGCGCUCUGCUGCGCCACGGCUGCCUACGCUGCCCCGACGCCGGUCGUCAUCUGGCACGGCAUGGGCGAUUCCUGCUGCAACCCGCUGAGCAUGGGCGCCAUCAAGAAGCUCAUUGAGCAGAACAUCCCGAACGUUUACGUGCUCUCGCUCGAGAUUGGCAACAACGUCGCGGAGGACGAAGCCAACGGUUUCCUCAAGAACGUCAACAAGCAGGUCGAAAUGGUUUGCGAGAAGCUCGCCAACGACCCCAACCUGGCCAACGGCUUCCACGGCAUUGGUUUCUCCCAGGGCUCCCAGUUCCUGCGCGCCUACGUCCAGCGCUGCAACAAGCCCGCGAUGAAGAACUUGGUCUCGGUUGGUGGUCAGCACCAGGGUGUUUACGGUUUCCCCAAGUGCCCCGGCGCCAACUCGACCCUUUGCGAGGUGACUCGUCGCCUGCUCAACAUUGGCGCCUACGUCGACUGGAUCCAGGCCACUCUUGUCCAGGCCGAGUACUGGCAAGACCCCUUCAACCUGAAGGAGUACGAGGAGAAGAACAUCUUCCUCGCCGACAUUAACAACCAGAAGGGCACGAUCAACCAGACGUACAUUGACAACCUGAACUCGCUCAACAAGAUGGUCCUCGUCAAGUUCACCGAAGACACCAUGGUUCAGCCCCGCGAGUCCGAGUGGUUUGGCUUCUACGCUCCUGGCCAGGACAAGCAGAUCAUCAGCAUGAACCAGACCGACAUCUACCAGCAAAACCUGCUUCCCCUGCGCACCAUGGAGCAGGCUGGCAAGAUUGAUUUCCUCAGCGUCGUCGGCGAUCACCUCCGUUUCACCGACGCGUGGUUUGUCUCGACCAUCAUCCCUUACCUUGCUCAGUAAACAAUGUCCGCGCAUUUUUGAACGGAGCCCUCGAGUCUCCCUGCAUGUUGCUGCUGUAUUUGCCGCGUUGAUGUCUGCGGUUCCUCGCGGUUGUCGGUUGUAGUUCUUUGGCAGCCAAUACAGUAAAGUACGGCGCAACACUGCAAUUUCAGACCUCCCAAACAAAAAAAACCAAACAGAAAAAACAACAAAACAAAAAAAGGGGGUGCAAUUUGCAAGUCUUUGUCACUAUUCCAUGUUCAGUUUUUGCAUUGCCUUCUUCAGUGUACAAUACAAUGAUGUUUUAC